AUGGUAUUCCAGGCAGUCAACCUAGCAAACAUAACGAAAGUCCUUCUUUUCCUUGUUAGCCAAGUCAUCGAGGCUAUGAUGCUCGACAUUAUGCCUCUUUUCGGUAUCCUAGUAGCGAGCGCAACAUUCAAGUUUUGGGGAAAGGCCUACUGGAAUCUCUGGGACGUUCUCAGUGCCGCCCUCGAUUACUACGAGAUGUCGCCUACAUCCCGCGGCUUGGUCUUUCUUGCGUCCUUUGCAUUUGUAGUAGCAGUUCUGGGAACCAAUGUUGCCGCAAAUCUCUUCCUUUCGGCAGUGACUUUGCCGGCCUUUUCCCCCGGUGGAUCGACAUUCGACGGGGACAAGUUCUAUGCGCCCUGUUGA